AUGUCGGACCAGGAAAAACUUGCUGCUGCUGCCGCUGCCCCCGCAGGCGCAGAGCCCAAGAAAGAGAAAACUGCUAAAGAAUUAGAGAAAGAGAGAAAGAAGGCAGAGAAAUUGGCCAAGUUCGAGGCUAAGAAGAAGAAGCAGGCCGAAGACGCCAAGAACAAGCCUGCUGCUGAGAAGAAGCCAAAGAAGGAGAAGAAGGUUGCCGAGCCUGUGCCAGAGUGGACCGAUGAGACCAAGCCUGGAGAAAAGAAGGUCAUGGCCUCUUUGGAAGACGCUGCUUUCAAGGCUUACAACCCAAAGAAUGUGGAAAGUUCGUGGUAUUCUUGGUGGGAGAAGCAGGGCUACUUUGAGCCUGAGUUGGACAAUGGAGAAAUUAAGAAGCAGGGUGUCUUUUCUAUUCCAGCACCUCCUCCAAAUGUCACUGGUGCUUUGCACAUUGGACAUGCUUUGACCAUUGCUAUUCAAGACACCUUGAUUCGUUUCAACAGAAUGAAGGGCAAGACCACCUUGUUUUUGCCAGGUUUUGACCACGCCGGUAUCUCCACCCAAUCUGUUGUGGAGAAGCAGGUUUGGAAAACCGAGAAGAAGACCAGACACGAUUACGGCCGUGAGAAGUUUGUGGACAAGGUCUGGGAGUGGAAGGAGGAGUACCAUGACAGAAUUAAGAACCAGGUUAAGAGAUUGGGUGCUUCCUACGACUGGUCUAGAGAGGCCUUCACUUUGAACCCAGACUUGUCUGAGGCUGUCACCGAGGCGUUCGUUAGAUUGCACGAGGACGGUACCAUUUACAGAGCUUCUAGAUUGGUCAACUGGUCGACCAAGUUGAACACUGCCAUCUCCAACUUGGAGGUGGACAACAAGAACAUUGCCGGUAGAACCUUGUUAUCUGUUCCAGAUUACGACGAUAAGAUCGAGUUUGGUGUGUUGACCUCUUACUCUUACAGAGUUGUUGACUCCGACGAGAAGAUCACUGUGGCCACCACCAGACCUGAGACCUUGUUUGGAGACACUGGUGUGGCUGUUCACCCUAAGGAUCCUCGUUACACCCACUUGCACGGCAAGUUCGUUCAGCACCCAUUUUUGGACCGUAAGAUCCCAAUCGUCACUGACGACGAGGCUGUUGACAUGGAGUUCGGUACUGGUGCUGUGAAAAUCACCCCAGCCCAUGACCAGAACGAUUACAACACCGGUAAGAGACACAACUUGGAGUUCAUCAACAUUUUCACAGAUGACGGUCUUUUGAACGAGAACUGUGGCCCUGAAUGGAAGGGAAUCAAGAGAUUCGAUGCCAGAGUCAAGGUUAUCGAAGAGUUGAAGAAGCAAGGCUUGUACGUUGACCAGAAGGACAACGAGAUGACCAUUCCUCUCUGUUCCAGAUCCGGAGAUGUCAUUGAACCUUUGUUGAAGCCACAAUGGUGGGUUAGACAGGACGAGAUGGCCAAGGAGGCAAUCAAGGUUGUGAAGUCCGGUGAGAUCACUAUUACUCCAAAGACUUCUGAGAAAGAGUACUUCCACUGGAUGGAGAACAUCCAGGACUGGUGUAUCUCCAGACAGUUGUGGUGGGGCCACAGAUGUCCAGUCUACUUCGUCGUCAUUGAGGGCGAGGAAGGUGACCGUUUGGACAACAACUACUGGAUUGCUGGUAGAACCUACGAGGAAGCCUUGGAGAAGGCUAACAAGAGAUUUGCUGGUGUGAAGUUCACCUUGGAACAAGAUGAAGAUGUGUUGGACACUUGGUUCUCUUCUGGUUUGUGGCCUAUUUCCACAUUGGGCUGGCCACACAAGACCAGAGACUUGGAACUUUUCAACCCCAACUCCAUGUUGGAGACCGGUUGGGAUAUCUUGUUCUUCUGGGUGUCUCGUAUGAUCUUGUUGUCGGUUAAAUUGACCGGAAAGGUUCCAUUCAAGGAAGUGUUCUGUCACUCAUUGGUCAGAGACGCUCAGGGUAGAAAGAUGUCCAAAUCUUUGGGUAACGUGAUUGACCCAUUGGAUGUUAUUACCGGUAUCUCAUUGGAGGACUUGUAUGAGAAGUUGAAGAUCGGUAACUUGGACCCUAAGGAGAUCGAGAAGGCAUCUGCUGGUCAAAAGCAGUCGUACCCUAACGGUAUUCCAGAGUGUGGUACCGAUGCCUUGAGAUUUGCCUUGUGUGCUUACACCACUGGUGGAAGAGACAUCAACUUGGAUAUCUUGAGAGUUGAGGGUUACAGAAAGUUCUGUAACAAGAUUUACCAGGCUACCAAGUUCGUCUUGGGUAGAUUGGGCGACGAUUACCAGCCUCCAGCUUCAUCUGCCAAAUCAGGCAACGAAUCGUUGGUUGAGAAGUGGAUCUUGCAUAAGUUGACCAUUGCUACGAAGGACGUCACCACUCACUUGGACAACCGUGAGUUCUCUGAAGCCACUUCGUCUAUCUACAACUUCUGGUACGAUCUUUGUGAUGUCUACAUUGAGAACUCUAAGUCCUUGAUUCAGGACGGUACUCCAGAACAGAAGAAGUCCGCUCAGGAUACUUUGUACACUUGUAUUGACGGAGCCUUGAGAUUGAUUCACCCAUUCAUGCCAUUUGUCACCGAAGAAAUGUGGCAGAGAUUGCCACGUAGAGCUGGUGAUAAGGCUGAAUCCAUUACUGUCGCUGCUUAUCCCGAGUACGAGUCCAGUUUCGACGAUGUCGAGUCGUUGGACGCCUACGAAUUGGUGUUGAACAUCACCAAGGGUGCCAGAUCGUUGUUGUCUCAGUACAACAUCUUGAAGAACGGCCAGGUUUACAUCGAGACCACCGAUGACAAGGUCAGAGACAUUGUCAAGGAUCAGCAAGACUCCAUUGUUGCAUUGAUCAAGGGUGUUGAGAAGAUUGACGUGAUCGAGGCUGGCCAGACCGUUCCUAGCGGAUGUGCAUUGAACGGUGUUAGUGCCACUACCACAGUUCACGUGUUGGUCAAGGGCCAGAUCGACUUGGACGCCGAAAUUGCAAAGGUUAACAAGAAGUUGAGCAACGUUCAAGACUUGCAAAACAAGUUGAGCGAUUCUAUCUCCAAGUUUACUGAUAAGACCAAGCCAGAGGCUAAGGAGGCUGCGUUCAAGAGAGCAGAGAACUUCAAGGCCGAGAUUGAAGGCUACGAGCAAACCAUUGCUAUUUUGGAGAAGUUGAAGCUUUAG